AUGCCAAAUGACCUUCAGGCCUCCAUCCUCGCCCUAAUUCUCGCAGUACUUCUGCCUCCGAUUUUCACAUUCCCUCCCCAUUUCGUCACCCCAUCACCUGCCAUUCUCAGACGCAUUCUUCGAGCUCCCCUGCCUGGACGUCUAACCACUCCUAGCGCCAUCACCUUUCACAAACUUAGAUCCGUCACCCCACAGCUUAGUCCUCUUGAAAUGGCAAUCGACUCGACUUUCGGCUUCGUCGCUAGUGAGGAGGCCUCAGAGGCGGCCUGUCAACGAAUUUCAGGGCUAUCCAAUCACCAGCGCAACCUCUGUCGAAGAAAUCCGGGUCUGAUUUGGGCUCUGAUUGAUGGAACCCAAUUAGGACUGUACGAAUGCGUACAUCAAUUCAAGCAUGAAAGAUGGAAUUGUUCAAUGGCUCGGGUGAUACUGGGUAGACCGCAGAGUGAAGCGCUUCCACUGAGUAAGGAUCCCUCACCGACCACGAACCUUAUUGGCGAGCUCCAGAAGACUCUGGAGAAAGGUAGGACUUGUUCACCUUCUAAAGCCUUGUCACCGGCUACUGCUGAGUAA